GACUGCAAGGUCGCCAUUGGCGACUUUCAACAUUUUUCUUUGGAAGAUAUAUUAAAUGAUCUUUCUCGUGUGAUAUUGGAUUCAUGCAUCGCUCCUCUAUAUAUGAACUGCAAAAAAACAUCGAUCAAAAAACUAAUCAUCUCAAACUCAACCAGUUUUACCCAAAUGGAGACUGCGCUAACUAAAAUCCCAGAAGUCAAACUCACAGCCUACUAUGGAGACCGUAACAUGCCGGUGAUGGGUUUAGGCACAGCUGCCGAUCCUUUUGACGAAUCUGCCAUGACAGCAGCAAUCUUGGAUGCCAUCAGACUGGGUUACACACACUUUGACACUGCCUCCAUGUACGGCUCUGAGAAGGUUCUAGGUGAGGCGAUCGUCCAAGCACUUAAUCUUGGCCUUCUGGCUUCUCGAGAACAGCUCUUCAUUACUUCAAAACUGUGGUGUAGUGAAGCACAUGCUCAUCUUGUUCUUCCUGCUCUAAAAAAUUCUCUCAGGGCUCUUCAAGUGGAGUACUUGGAUCUUUAUCUCAUACACUGGCCCAUAACUUCUAAGCCAGGAAAGUAUGAAUAUCCAAUACCAGAAGAAGACCUUCAACCGAUGGACUUCAAGGCAGUGUGGGCAGCCAUGGAAGAUUGUCAAAAGCUUGGCCUCACCAAGUCAAUUGGAGUCAGCAAUUUCUCCUGUAAGAAGCUUCAAACCAUACUGGCCUCUGCUAAGAUUCCUCCUUCAGUAAAUCAAGUGGAAAUGAGUCCAGUCUGGCAACAGAAGAAGCUUCUUGAAUUUUGCAAGACCCACAAUAUCAUUGUGACCGCUUUUUCUCCUCUGGGAGCAAAAGGUACUAACUGGGGCAGUAAUCUGGUUAUGGACAAUCAAGUGCUUCAAGAGAUAGCAAAGGAUCAUGGCAAGACUAUUGCCCAGGUUGCUUUGAGAUGGAUAUAUGAACAAGGGGCAACUCUUGUGGUCAAGAGCUAUAAAAAAGAGAGGUUAAAGGAGAAUAUGGAGAUAUUUGAUUGGUCAUUGUCAAAAGAAGACGACGAAAAGAUAAAACAGAUUCCCCAACAGAGAAUUAUGCUUAAGGAAGAAUUCGUCACUCCUAGCGGUCCAUUCAAGUCCCUUGAAGAGCUAUGGGAUGGGGAGCUUUAAUUCAACGAGGCCGUAUUCAAGAAAAUGAUAAUCCUGUAAUUUCUAGUUUUUGAAUCCUGAAAUUUUGAAUCUUGUUGUCUUGUAUCUUUUUGUGGCUGUUUUGUUGUAUUGUAAUUUCUAGUUUUUGAAUCCUGAAAUUUUGAAUCUUGUUGUCUUGUAUCUUUUUGUGGCUGUUUUGUUGUAUUGUAAUUUCUAGUUUUUGAAUCCUGAAAUUUUGAAUCUUGUUGUCUUGUAUCUUUUUGUGGCUGUUUUGUUGUAUUGUAAUUUCUAGUUUUUGAAUCCUGAAAUUUUGAAUCUUGUUGUCUUGUAUCUUUUUGUGGCUGUUUUGUUGUAUUGUAAUUUCUAGUUUUUGAAUCCUGAAAUUUUGAA